AUGGAAAAUAAAACAUCUGUGAGCGAAUUCAUUAUAUUGGGUUUCUUGUCAAUCCCAGAAAUGAAAUAUUUACUGUUUGUGUUGUUUUUUUGCCUGUACGUCCUCACAGUACUCAGCAAUGUCCUCAUUGUUGUCAUCAUCAGUGUUGAUGAUGCCCUCCAGAGCCCCAUGUAUUUUUUCCUAAGGAAUUUGUCUUUCUUGGAAUUAUGCUUCACCUCAGUCACCAUACCCAACAUGCUUGUAAAUCUCAUCUUGGAAGGAAGCAAAAUCUCUUUCGUUGGGUGUGCAACACAGCUCUAUUUCUUUUUACUGCUUGGUGUCACAGAGUGCCUUCUUCUCACUGUCAUGUCAUAUGACCGCUAUGUGGCCAUUUGCAUCCCCCUGAGAUACACAGCCAUCAUGAGCAAGAGGAUAUGUAUCCAGUGCUCUGCCGCAUGUUGGGCUGUUGGAUUCGUGGUAGCAGCAGGACACACAGCUGUCAUCUUCAGUCUCCCCUAUUGUGGGCCCAAUAUUAUCAACCAUUUCUUUUGUGAUAUUCAGCCACUGCUUAUGCUUGUUUGUGGGGACACUUACUGGAAUGAAAUCCAAGUAAUUGUGGUUGCUGGUGUUGUGCUGAUGCUGCCCUUCAUCCUUGUUCUUGUGUCUUAUGUCCAUAUUAUCACUAGCAUCCUGAACAUGAGCUCAGCAAGAAACAGGAGGAAGGCUUUCUCUACUUGUUCAUCUCACCUCACUGUAGUAUGCCUUUACUAUGGCACUGCUGUCUUCAUGUACACACGGCCUAAGUCUAGUUACUCUUUGGAUAAAGACAAGUGGUUCACUUUGUUCUAUUGUGUUCUUACUCCACUACUGAACCCUAUCAUAUAUAGUCUGAGGAACAAAGAGGUUAAAGGAGCACUAUGGAAACUGGCUAGUAGGAUAUUUUGGAUGCAAGGAAGAUAA